CUUUCUUGGGUCAUUCUCUCGCAGAUCGUUUUGAGACACGGAAGCGAGUAUCCCGAUUCGAUAUGAAGACAGUGAGCAUUGUUCUCUUGGCCUUGAUGGCUUCGGCUUGGGCGCAAGAUUGUGACGUAGCGCCCGUUUGCGAUGAAAGUGUUUGCAACUUGCCCGAUUGUGUUUGUUCCAACACCGUUCCCGACAUUCCUCUGAGGGACCGGCCCAUGAUUGUCUACCUGACCUUUGACGAUGCCAUGACCAAGUUGGCUUCCGACGAUUUCUACUCACAGCUUUUUGAUGGGAGCAAGACCAAUCCUGAUGGCUGCCCAAUCAGAGCCACUCAUUUCUUGACCCAUUUGUACACAGACUACUCAUUGGUGAACAAGUAUUGGCGAAUGGGACACGAGAUGGCCUCUCAUUCCAUUACCCAUCGAGCCAAUGCCACUUACUGGAAGACUUUGAGCAAGGAUGGCUGGGCCAACGAGAUGUCCGGCAUGAAGACCAUCACCAAAAACUUGGCCAACAUCCCUGAAGAUCAGAUCCGCGGAGUUCGCGCACCCUAUUUGCAAGGUGGCGGAGAUAGCCAAUUCCAGAUGAUGUUGGAAGACGGAUUCGAGUACGAUUGUACCAUGCCCAGCCGAAACUUUGGUUACCUAAACAUGGCCAAUGGUCGAUGGCCCUUCACUUACAAUUACCGCAGCGAGAUGGAUUGUCAGAUCGAGCCUUGUCCCAAAUGCUCGUACGAUGGAAUCUGGAGCCAACCCAUUCUAGAUCUGGAUGAUGCCUGGUUGGGUAGCGGUGGCGAUCCCGAGCACGGAUCACCUUGUGGAAUGCUUGACAGUUGCAUUUGCCCAGAAUGCGACCGACCUAAACAAAUUGCCGACAUGAUCAUCAAGAAUUUCGACAUUGCCUACAAUGGCAACACCCGUGCUCCUUUCGGUUUGUAUGUGCACGCAGCCUGGUUCUUCGGCCAGCCUUUCCAUUUUGAGGGAUACCUGCAAGCCGUCGAAUACAUGUUGAGCAAGAACGACACCUUCUUCGUUCCCAUUCACGCUGGAAUCCAAUACCGACAAAAUCCUGUCCCUCUCCAGACGCUCAUCGAUGGCCAAUACGAGCCGUUCAAGUGUCCCACUGAGGCGGAACUCGAUCCCACGGACGAGUACACAUGCACCAACCGUCAGAGUUGCCGUUACCAAGACGUUGAGAACGAAGAUUUGAGUUUGGCCGAGAUCUACAUGGUGUCUUGUAACAGCUGUCCUUCAACCUUCCCUUGGCUCGGCAAUCCCGAAGGCAAUGCCUAAUUUUACCCGACAAUUCACUUCAGCUUGUCCUUGUUUGAAAUGAAACAACGUAUUUACCCAAACAAACAAUAAAAACCACAAACAAAUAGG